UGUUUCAUCUUUGGUUUUAUUCUUCCAUCCAUCACUAAAUAUGCUUUUGUUCCGUGAUAUUCUUGCCGGCGAUGAGUUAUUCUCUGACGCUUACCCCAUCACUGAAAUUGAUGAUGUUGCCUAUGAAGUCGAUUGUGCCAUGAUCAAUGUUGCCGAUGGUGAAGUUGAUAUCGGAGCUAACCCUUCUGCUGAAGGUGGUGACGAAGAGGCUGCUGAGGAUACUGCCCAAACUGUUAACAACGUUGUUUACUCUUUCCGUCUCACCGCCACCAGCUUCGAUAAGAAGUCUUACAUGACCUACAUCAAGGGUUACAUGAAGGCUCUUAAGGCUAAGUUGAACGAGAAGUCCCCCGAGCGUGUUCCCAUCUUUGAAAAGAAUGCCACCACUCUUAUCAAGAAGAUCUUGGGUAACUUCAAGGACUACGAAUUCUAUAUUGGAGAAUCCAUGGAUCCCGAUGGUAUGGUCGCUUUGUUGAACUACCGUGAAGAUGGUGUCACUCCUUACUUCACUUUCUUCAAGGAUGGUCUUAUCCAAGAGAAGCUCUAAAUUGUUUUAUUUUUUUUUCAUUUCAUUUUACUUAAUAAAAAAAAAUAUAACCAUUUGUAACAAAUAA